UUCCCCCUCAUAUUUUUCCCCUCAAUUUCUAAUUUAAUAUAUUUAUUAUAUUUAUUAUUAACCCAAAGCUUCUUCAAGUUCAACAGGAGGAGGAAGUGUAGUAAGAGGUGCUUCAAUUGCUGUUUGCUUUGCUUCUUCCUCCUUUUUAUUUUCUUUAAUUUUUUGUUGCUCGAUAUUUACAACUUAAAAACAAAUAAAUUUUAUUAAAACUUUUUUACAAAUUCAAAUUACAAUUGUAAAAAUGUUUAUUUUCAAGUUUUUACAAUUUGUAUUUUUCCAAGUUUAUUUAUUUUCAAGUUUACAACCUUUUACAAAUUUCAACUUGUUUUACAAUUUACCCAACAUUUUUACAAUUUCCUCUAAUUUUUUUUACAAUUUAUGUCCAACUUUUUUUUCAACUUUAUAAAAUUGUAAAAAAAAACUUUUAUUUCAACUCUCUUCCUGUCAUGCAACAAAAACUCUAAAAAAUUGCUUUCCUCCCCCAAUUUUCUGCUUAUUUUCCCAUUCAAUUUAUAAAAUUCAAAACUAACAAAACAAUGGCAUGUCAACAAAAUUUUUUCCUCCAAACCG